ACGUUGACAAGGAAACGAGCGCCUCGGGAAGCUCACCCAACCCAACACCCCUAAUUUAUUUCUUCACUGUGUCCUCCGUCUCUCUCCCUUGUAUAAAUAUCCGCCGUCCCCAUUUCUCUUUCUCUCUCUCCCAUUUUCACUCUCUCUCUACACAUACACACUCGCUUGAUUAUACAAAAUGUUGAGAUCUACCAUCAAGGCUUCUCUGAGGCGAGUGAAUGGCCGUAGCUUCUCAUCGGGAUCUGCGCCGCACCGUAAGGUCGCCGUCUUGGGCGCCGCCGGCGGGAUCGGACAGCCUCUCUCUCUUCUUAUGAAACUCAAUCCUCUUGUUUCUCAGCUCUCUCUUUAUGAUAUCGCUGGGACUCCUGGUGUCGCCGCUGACGUCAGCCACAUCAACACUAGAUCUGAGGUUACUGGAUACGUGGGUGAGGACCAGCUAGGUAAGGCACUAGAGGGAUGCGAUGUUGUUAUCAUCCCGGCCGGUGUUCCAAGAAAGCCUGGUAUGACUCGUGAUGAUCUCUUCAACAUCAAUGCUGGUAUUGUCAAGGGCUUGUGCACAGCAAUCGCUAAGUAUUGUCCCCAUGCUCUUGUCAAUAUGAUCAGUAACCCGGUCAAUUCUACUGUCCCAAUUGCUUCUGAAGUUUUCAAGAAAGCAGGGACUUAUGAUGAGAAGAGACUGUUCGGAGUGACUACACUUGAUGUAGUUAGGGCGAAGACUUUCUAUGCUGGAAAAGCCAAUGCUAAUGUUGCAGAGGUAAAUGUGCCAGUUGUUGGUGGUCAUGCGGGCAUAACUAUUCUCCCAUUGUUUUCACAGGCUACACCAACAGCAAACUUGCCUCAUGAUGUACUCACAGCUCUUACAAAGCGUACACAAGAUGGUGGGACGGAAGUUGUGGAAGCCAAGGCUGGAAAGGGUUCAGCUACACUCUCCAUGGCGUAUGCAGGAGCUUUAUUUGCGGAUGCUUGUUUGAAAGGACUUAAUGGAGUUCCAGAUGUUGUUGAAUGCUCAUUCGUACAGUCUAGCAUUACUGAACUUCCAUUUUUCGCAUCCAAGGUGAGACUUGGAAAGAACGGUGUGGAGGAAGUCCUUGGAUUGGGUGCACUUUCAGACUAUGAAAAGCAAGGAUUGGAAGCUCUCUUACCUGAAUUGAAAAGUUCAAUUGAGAAGGGUAUCAAGUUUGCUAAUCAGAGUUAAAGAAGUUUGAGGUCUUAGAGUGUGAGUGCUGUCACCACAAUUUUACGUGCCUCUGGUUUUGCAAAUUUUUACAAACAUUGUAAUUGUUAGCGAGUGUGUUGCUCCAAGAGGGCACAUGAUUUUGCUGUUUUAGUAACAUUAGUAUGGAGGUGAUAAAAGAAAACACACAAUAAUCAUGGUGACAUGACGAGGAACACUACAUGAUUUUCACCAAGACCUAUAAAAUUGACUUUGCUAUGAGUGUUCUAUAUUUA